AUGCUGCAGGUGUCGCUGAUCCUGUACCGGCUGCUGCGCGAGGGCCGGCUGCCGGGCGCGGACUCGCAGCACGUGCAGCGGCUGCUGGCGGCGCUCGAGUCGGACCCGGAGCAGGCGGCCGCCGAGGACCGCGACGAGUCGGUGUCGCCGGAGCGACUCUUCUCGGAGGCGCUGCGCAGCGCCGCCGUGCCGGGCGCGGUGGUGGAGGCGCGCGCCGUGCUCUCCCACGUGCUGCGCCAGCGCGCACACCUGCUGUACCGCGGCGUCCACUUCGAGCGCUACGCCACGCCCGUGGCGCGGCUCACCGCAGUGCUGCGCAACGUCUGGCUGCACCGCGACAAAUUCCCGCGCAGGGUCCAUCAAGCCCUCAAGGUGAUGACGGACUUCCUGCACAUCAAAAUCGCUGAGGGUGAGAUCGACCCAUACACCUUCGACUUCGCAGCCGUGUUCGACGUCGCAGUAUCGUCACAUGCCCCAGAGAUCGUGCAGCAGGCGAAGUCUGUUCUGCUGAACGCCAUCAAGAGGCGGCCGGCGCUCUUCAAGAAGCUGCUGGCGCUGCGCGUGCGCGACAGCGACAGCGAGCACCAGACGGCGCGCGCCGUGGUGACGGCGCUGUCGGCGCGCCGCCGCCAGCUGUCCAUGAAGAUCCGCACCGCGCUGUCGCUGCUCGCCAAGUUCCUGCAGGGCCAGCACAUCGACCAGAACGACACCUUCAUCCGCAACAUGCUCACCGACGACGACUACAACGAGGCGGCCGACUACGACCGCCACUACGUCACUCUGCCCGUGGCCAAGUUCAAGGCGAAGAACCGCCGCUUCUAGCGCCGCCGCCGCCGCUACCCCCACGACCUGUUUGUACA